GGCAUCGUCGUCGUCUCUCUUUAUAAACCCUAAAAAGUACAUCGAUUCCUCCAUUAGGGCGAACGCGAAAUCUAAAAUUAGAGAGCGAUGGCGAGUACAGCAGCUGCGACGGGAACGACGACGGCGAAGAGAAAACCUGUGUUUGUGAAGGUUGAGCAGCUGAAGCCUGGAACGACCGGUCACACAUUGACUGUCAAGGUCGUUGACGCCAAUCCUGUGGUUCCGGCUGCGAGGAAGGCUCGUCCGGGGGGUUCUAUGGGUCGUCCGUCUCAGCCGAGUCGAAUCGCUGAGUGUCUCAUCGGAGACGAAACCGGGUGUAUUCUCUUCACUGCUCGUAACGAUCAAGUUGAUCUUAUGAAGCCGGGGGAAACAGUGAUAGUGCGCAAUUCGAGGAUAGACAUGUUCAAGGGUACAAUGAGGCUAGGGGUUGAUAAAUGGGGACGCAUCGAAGCCACUGAGCCUGCUUCUUUCACAGUCAAAGAGGAUAACAAUCUGUCUCUUGUUGAAUACGAACUGAUUAACGUUACUGAUCAGUGAAUGUCGUUUAGUAUCUUUACAAUGAGGCUAGUAUUUCGUUCUGAUUCUUCUAUCGUUAAUGUCUUUUGAUUUAGAUGAUGAAGCUUUUGUAUUACUGGUUCAGAUAUGCUUUCUUUUUUUUACCUUAAAACAUGAUCCCAGAAUCUCGCUUAUUGAUCGAGGCAAUGGCAAUGGUAUUGUUCCCUUGAA